GCGGGUCUCUGUCAGGGGCCCGCCCCCUAUACUUUUACUUUGAAAGCGCUGGGAGGAAGUGUGUGUCAGCUGUUUCGGGCUCAGCGGGAGCAGCGAGCCGCCGGCCGCAGCCCGUAUUGAUGACUGAUCGGUGAUGGCUAAAUGGGGUGAAGGAGACCCUCGAUGGAUCGUGGAGGAGAGAACCGACGCGACGAACGUCAACAACUGGCACUGGACGGAGCGGGAUGUGUCCUCCUGGUCCUCCGAGUGCCUCCGGAAGCUCCUCCUCGGUGUGCGGGUGGAGGGAGCCGAGGGAGUCUGCAAGCUGACGGAUGUCACCAAGCUGGAGGGCGAAGCUUCCAUCAACAACCGCAAAGGGAAGCUCUUCUACUUCUAUGAGUGGCAGCUGAGGGCCAGCUGGCUGGGGACGUCCUGCGGUGGAGUGAAGUUCAGAGGAACCGUCGACGUGUCCAACCUGUCUGACGAGAACAGCGAGGACGAGCUGGACAUCUCUGUGGCUCUGUGUAAGGACCAGCCCAACACGCCCCUCUUGGACCUCAUGAAGAGGUCUGGGGUUCCGGAGGUCCGCAGGGUUCUGGGAGAGUACGUCCAGCAGCUCAAAUCAGAGUUCAGUCAGGGAAUGAUCCUUCCCACUGCAGACGCACUGAAGCAGCCUUCACCUGUGCCGGCCAAGAAGAAUGAGGUCAAGACCAAUAGAACUCGGAUUAGCCCCAAGUGCUCCUCCAGAGCUGCCCCCUGUCCCACAAGUGUUGGCCGAACCUGCAGUUUUAAUCUGAAGGAAACUUUCCAGACCAGCACUGAUGAACUCUACAGGACCUUCAUCAGCCAAGAGUUCGUGCAGGCAUUCACACACUCGCCAGCGGAGGUGGACGGUCGCUGUGGGGGGAAAUUCCAGCUGCUGGACGGGAAUGUCAGCGGAGAGUUCACGCAACUGGUGCCAGAUCAGAGGAUUGGGAUGAGGUGGCGGUUCAGGACAUGGCCCAACAAGCACUAUGCUACCGUGAAUCUGGAGUUGGAGGACCGGGGAGACGACACGGAGCUGAGGCUGGAGUGCCAAGGAGUCCCAGUGGAGGAGGAGGACUCUACCAGGCAGGGCUGGAUCCGCUUUUACCUCCAGGCCAUCAAACAGACAUUUGGGUACUGAGAGAUCUGCGAACCCUGGGACUUGUCUGGCAGGCUGAGGGGGAACGGCAGUUGGGAAGAGCUCUCAGUAGAAGAGUGAACAGGCUUCCUGUCUCAGGGAGGCGUCAUACGACUCCACAGAUUCAAAGGAACAAUGCAGCCACAAAGCUCCAAGAGAAGACUUUCUGUAGAGGUUUGACUCACGGUGUUAAUAAAUGACUUCUCUCA